CCUACAGGUAGUGUUUGUGUGCGAGAGAGUCUAAAAAUGGUUGGGUGGGCUAUAGCUGUACACGGCGGCGCCGGUGUCGACCCUAACCUCCCAACCGAUCGCCAAGAACAGGCCAAACUCCUCCUCACUCGUUGCCUCAAUCUCGGCAUAUCUGCUCUUCGAUCAUCAGCUUCCGCCAUUGAUGUCGUUGAGCUCGUCGUUCGGGAACUGGAAACGGAUCCGAUAUUCAACUCGGGGCGUGGAUCUGCACUGACGGAGAAUGGAACGGUGGAGAUGGAAGCCAGCAUCAUGGACGGGAGUGGCCGGAAAUGUGGAGCGGUCUCCGGACUAACGAGCGUGAAGAAUCCGGUGUCGCUGGCUCGCUUAGUCAUGGACAAAUCCCCUCAUUCCUAUCUUGCCUUUUCCGGCGCCGAAAACUUCGCCAAACAAAUGGGUGUGGAAAGGAUGGAAAACGAUUAUUUCAUCACGGAAGACAACGUGGGGAUGCUAAAACAAGCAAAAGAAGCCAACUCCAUUCUGUUUGAUUAUAGAAUCCCGACGAGCGGAUACGAAUCCUGUGGAGUCGGGGUGGAGAGUCCGAUAACCAUGAAUGGUCUUCCAAUCAGCGUAUACGCACCGGAGACGGUGGGGUGUGUGGUUGUUGACAGCCAAGGGCGGUGUGCGGCGGCGACAUCCACCGGAGGACUGAUGAAUAAGAAGGUGGGAAGGAUCGGAGACUCACCCCUCAUCGGUGCCGGUACGUACGCAUGUGACGUAUGUGGGGUGUCGUGCACCGGAGAAGGGGAGGCGAUAAUCAGGGGAACGGUGGCGCGAGAGGUGGCGGCGGUGAUGGAGUACAAAGGGUUGGGGUUGCAGGCGGCGGUGGAUUUUGUGAUAAAAGAGAGGUUGGAUGAUGGGAAAGCAGGGGUGAUAGCGGUGUCGGAAAAGGGUGAGGUGGCAUAUGGGUUUAACUGUGUAGGAAUGUUUAGAGGGUGUGCCACUGAAGACGGGUUCAUGGAAGUUGGGAUCUGGGAGUGAACCACGCACUUAGCUUAAUUAUAGUUAGUGGUAGCUGUUAGUUUUAAUAAAUUGCAGGCUCGCUUAGCUUGUUUUGUUUUUAGCUUGUUUUGUUUUUAGUUUCUCGUUUUUUAAGGGUCUUUUUGGUUCUUAAUUUAUGAACAUGGCGUAUGCCUAGCAAUUU